AUGGGGGACGACGGCCCCUGGGUGGAGAGUAACCUCUUCCAUAGUGGAUCUGUGGAGAUCGGGCCUCCCGGCGACGUCUGCCGUCUGCUUCUGUUCUUUGCAGGUCUGAUAAUCAACAUCCACAACGACCAUUUGCUACGGAGCCUUAGGAAACCAGGAGAAGUCCACUACAGAAUCCCCAGAGGGGGGAUGUUUGAGUUUGUGUCGGGGGCAAACUACUUCGGGGAGAUCCUGGAAUGGUUUGGCUAUGCUGUGGCCGUCUGGUCGCUGCCUGCAGCCGCCUUCUUUCUCUUCACCAGCUGUACCAUCGGCCCACGAGCCAUACACCACCACAGGUUCUACCAGCAGCAGUUCAAGGACUACCCUCAGUCCAGAACAGCCCUGAUUCCUUUCCUUCUGUAGCACCUUUCAUAAUUUAUGAAAAAAAACUGCAUAUCAUUAUACAGUUUGUUUCAGUUUCUAUUGUAUGCACUUGUGAUUUAUUGAAUUACACGAUAUGAUUAACAUUUUGGCUUUAAGGUAAUAUAUAUAUUUUAUUUUGUGUUGUUUUUCUUUACUGUUUAGUUUUUACACAAGCUAUUUUGUAUUCUUCCGUGUGUGGAAAUUUAACAAACACCAGCAAAGUUUUUUUUUUUCUUUAUUUGUUAUGAACAGCAACAAUUUCACACAGACUUUGUUGGAGAGUUAAAUAAAGGCAAAUUGAAUGGUCACACAGGUGUGUGUUAGUGUAGAUGGGGGCAAGAGAGUAAGAAAUUUCGCCCCCUGUCUUCUGGAGGUAGAACUGGUGAACCGUUAUAUCCUACCAAUAAAUUGGUCAAGAACUACUAUAAAUUACGACACAUCCCUAUAGUAAUGCAACGUCUUCUACUUUCCAAUUUAAAAUCUUAAAACACAAGGUUGACAU